AUGGGAUAUAAGAUAUAUUCUAACUCUGACUUAGUUCAAACAGUAACAUGGGCAAACUAUGAAUGGUUCGCUUUGAGAAACUCAGUACAACCACAAGCUAGAGAACAAACAGACCAGUAUGCAACUAUUGAGAAAAUAAGAAGACUUGACCCUAACGUUCCAGGAGUUUAUGUUAACCUUUCUGGACAAACUGCAGCAGCAGUAACCAAAGUAAAACUGAAACUUAGAGUUCCUUUGUCAUCUUUCCUCAUCUUCAGGUUUUUAAGAUACUUGCCAAACUGGGCAGGAAAAAUUUCUAUCGAACUUACUCCAAGCAAAAAUAACUUAGUCAUUGCACCAACACAAGACCCAUUCACUCUUACAGAAGUAGUGGGAACAAAUAAAAUGUCAUUCGCCGACUUUUGCAAAAACAAAGUUGACUUAGACUUUGGUUUCUCAAACCUCAACACUGAAGUAAACUAUUAUUUCAAUGCUGCUGGAGAUGCUUGGGACCCAGUUAAGUUCACAUGCGAAAAAUUUGAAUGCAAGAGAAUAGAAAGCAGACUUGCAGUCUAUAUGUUGGACCCAGAUAUUUCAAAUGCUUUAGCUGCCAAAUAUAUUGCAGUUCCACUUAUGUUCCCUAUACACCAAAUAUCUGUCAAAGACUUUGCAGGUGAAGUUGGAAACCAAAGUGCUGACCCAGGUGCAAGAACAGAUAUUGCUUUAACAACUGCAAUGAAACAUGCAGAUACUAUGUUUGUACUGUUCAGACGAACUAUAAAUGACUAUUCUUGCUUCUACAACCCUGGUAUUAAAUACCAUAUAAACAUAGAUGGCAAAUACUAUCCAAGAGAAGAAUAUUCUACAGUUGAGGAUAUGAG